GAUUUCACGUGUGCUCCGUACCUCGACCCGAGCGAGUGCAGCCGACUCACAAGUCUACUCCAUUAUUUAUUUGACGAAAAAGUGGGGAUUGGGGACCGAUUGUCCGCACUGUGGUUUCCCUCUGACAAGUAUCACGCUGCAUGAUUUUAUUUUUCACUCAUUUUCUAUUCUUCACGAGUAAUUACCCACGAGCUUGUGUGAAAAAUAAAUAAAUAGCUGAAUGAAAAUGUUGUGCGAGAGUGACAGCAUAUUCGUGAAAUAUUAUUAACGUAUCAACAUCACGGAUAUAAAUCCGAAUGUGACAGGAGGUGUCUCUUCGUCUGUUUCAAAAUGCCGAAAUUAAUUGAGUUUGAGGAAUGCCUACGGGAUACGCCAAAAUUUCGAUCACGCAUCGAGGAAGAAGAAAGCAAUGUAGAGCAGCUAGAACAAAAAUUAGAAAAGGUGUUAAAAAAUUGCAGCAUGAUGAUCGACGCGGGAAAGAAUUAUGUCGGGCAACAGAGCUUGUUUGCAAAUAGUUUGUGGGAGUUGUCAACGUACUUCGGCAAUGAUCCAGAAGUUAUGGCGUUCUUGAACAAACUUAUCCAUGCCCUACAAGAAAUGAAUAAAUUUCAUACCAUCUUACUUGACCAAGCGUCGAGAACUGUCGUCAAAGAUCUGAAUUCGUUUAUAAAAAGUGAUAUAAAAGAAGUGAAAGACUCUCGUCACCACUUUGAAAAAAUCUCGUCAGACCUCGACAUUGCUUUGAACAAGAAUUCGCAAGUACCGAAAAACCGUCCUGUUGAAUGCGAAGAGACUUCCAAUUUACUCUCUGCGACACGAUCAUGUUUCCGACAUACUGCUUUGGAUUACGUCCACGUUCUGACUAUGCUUCAGGCCCGCAAAAGGCACGAGAUACUGGGUACUCUUUUGAGCUACAUGCACGCAUGUUUCACAUAUUAUCACCAAGGAAGUGACUUGGCCCAAGAUCUAGAUCCUUUCCUCAAGGGAUUGGGCGAUGGCAUACUGAAAAUGAGAGGCGACACGGCGAAGCUUGAAAAAGAGAUGGAAAACCGACAUACAUACGUUACAAAUCGUGAUUUGGUCCCAUCGCCAACACCCGGUAGCCCGAAAAUGGAAGGAUACUUGUUCAAAAGGACCAGCAACGCCUUUAAAACUUGGAAUCGACGAUGGUUUUGCCUCAAAGAUCAUCAGCUGGUUUACAGAAAGCGUACUGGCGAAGAUGACUACACAAUAAUGGAAGAAGACUUGAGACUUUGUUCUGUAAAACCAGUUGUCGAUAGCGAUAGGAGGAAUUGCUUCGAAGUUCUGAGCCCAACAAAGAGCCACAUAUUGCAAGCAGACAGCGAAGAAAUGUACCUGGCUUGGGUGGCUGCCAUGCAGCAAGGUAUAGGUGCUGCGAUACAACGUGGCACAGUCAAUGGUCCGAACCAAAAUACUCUCACACCUCAUACUCGAACCUCCAAAGGUCCGACAAGGCCACCACCGAAACCCAAAUCAAGAGUGUGGGAGCAGCUACUGAAAAUUCCUGGUAACGACAGUUGCUGCGAUUGCGGUGGAAUAAAUCCGAGGUGGGCGAGCAUCAACCUAGGGAUAACGCUCUGCAUCGAAUGCUCGGGCGUGCACAGAAGCCUCGGGGUGCAUCAUAGCAAAGUUAGGUCAUUGACAUUAGAUGAUUGGGAACCGGAAAUAUUGAAAGUUAUGGCAGAGUUGGGUAAUACAGUUGUAAACAAUAUUUACGAGGCUCUACCAAUACCAGCUGACAUCGUAAAGGCAGAGCCAAAAUGUAGCGGGGCUGUUCGAGAGGCCUGGAUCAAGGCAAAGUACAUAGAACGGAGAUUCGUCAAGCCAUUGGCCUACUUAAAGUCACAAGAGUAUCGUACUAGCCGUGAAAUGAUGCCGUUCCGGAAGUGGAGUGUCAGAAAAUUGCGGCGUAGGCCACGAAGCCGUGAUAAAACUGAUGGCCAACGACAUGCCAAAGAGACGACGCUCUUGUCAGUGGAAGAAAAGCACCAUUCGACGAGCUCAGAGGAUGGCGAGGUAACUUCGAUAGAGAGCGUAAACUAUGUGGGAAGAUGCCGUAAAGUAGCUGAUCGAAAUUCUUUAAGUUCGGAAGACAGUCCCAAUUUAGACUGUAGAAAUCAGUCGACGUUGUAUGGAAAAAUAUUACCGAAAUCCAAAAUCGAUUUGGAGCCUAAAGAAGUUGAGGAGCGGAGCGAUGAAAACGAUUUUAAAAUAAGUGGAGGAGAAGAGACAGAGUCGAAUAGUCUUAGCAUUUCUGGCGCUGACUGUAAUCUGAAGAGUACCUUAUCUGACAAAAGUUCAAAUUCGUCAACUUCGGAUAUGGUGAAUGAGAUUCGCGAAGGCAAAGAAGAAGCUAGUGACGUUUUAAUGUUUGGAUGUGAUUUACCCAAACCCACAAUCGAGGGUUGCUUAGAGCUAAGCUCUGACCAGGACUCGACCGCAGGCGAGGACGAAGAAUUUGCGGACGAAGAAGACAUUGAGAAUCUUCAUCCAGAAAUGCUGCUGUACAAAGCGGCUACUGCUCAUAAUCUUCCUGUAAUGAGCGCUGCUUUGGCAUCUGGUGCUGAUAAAUUGUGGACUAACGUUAAUGACAAGGGACGUAGCGCCCUACAUCAAGCAAUUAUUAGUGGCUCUGUCAUGUCUUGUGAAUAUUUAUUACUUAACGGCGUUAGAAUCAACUGUCAAGAUGCAGAGGGAAAGACGCCGUUACAUUUAGCUACUGAGCUAGGUCACACGGCGCAAGUUUGCCUUCUAUUAAAACAUCGGGCGAAUCAACACAUCCAAGACGGAAGUGGCGUGGAGCCACUCUCGAUUGCAGUAAAAGAAGCUAAUGCCGACAUUGUCACGUUAUUACGGCUGGGGCGGUUAAACGAGGAGAUGAAGGAUUCGGACACGGGAGUGACGGGCGACGAAACGUUCAACGACGUUGUACGAGAUUUCAGCCAGCUCGCUUGCUCUCAUCCAGAACGACUUCAACGCCGUAACGAUAAUAGCAACUGGUCAAGCGCUUUGGAUUGACCGUCAGACGAGUACAAAAAUAGCCCCGUAUGUGUUUACCUUAAUUUCUGAGAGCAGGUUGACAAUAUAUCCUCUGCUUCGAUCACCAUAUUCACGACCUUACGGAUUUGGCAUAUAAUUGCCAUUGUGCCGCGGGAAGCGCGAAGGUAUAAAGAUGAGCUUUACGCAACGAUGCAGGUGGCGAAGGCACGGAUUUCUCCGUAUUUGAAGGAGAAAUCUUCCACGAAAGAAAAGUGCAUUACUAUUCGUCGCCCUGCCUGCUUGCGCUGUGUACAUCUGCCAUACAUCUAGAAACCAAGGUUUGCAUCUAAUCUGCAGAGCGGUUGUACAGUAGGGACAUAUUAACUCUUACACCAGCGAGCAUGACAUUAGCAACUUAAUUAAUUUGAUCACUUUGUAAUAUUAGACGUUAUUACCUUUAAAGCUGUAGUGAAACGCAUGCAUACACGUACGAGAAUUCAUAAUCGUUGAAAAGGUAAUUUCACAGAUCAUCCGAAUCACUCUUCGUGUACAGGUAUUGGUAUAAUUUUUAGUUCAUUAGGAUAUCUUUUGUAACAAGUCACACUCUUGGUGCCAGCUGCGUAUUGUAAAAAUACGCUAUUUCUAGGUACUUUAUUAAAGCUCUAAUAAAUAACGGAGAGAAUUGGGGAUCUCAAAACCGGCAGUGCGAAAUCUAUAUAGACCAAGAAACAAAAUAACAUAUUAAUAAAAGGAAAUUAAAUUACGUGAAUCAAACUAAAGAUGGAUUGUCGGAGUAUUAUUUGAAUCAUGAUACAUAAAGAAACGUGGAAAGACGUAUGAAAUUUGAAAUUAAAAAAUAAAGACGAAAUUAGGUAAAAAUUCGAAGCGUAAAUAUAAAUUUUUCUACAAAUUUUUACGAGAUUUACGUUCGUUUAAUAUGUAUAAUCAAAUCUGCUUGCAGAAAAAUCUUGUUGCCAAAUUUUUACUAUAGAUAUAUACGUAAUAUUUAUAAACAAUAUAAUAUACCUGUAUAUGUAUAUAUUUGUCUAUAUACAUAUAUAUUUGUAAACAAAAUACAGAUCUGAAAAUUUUGCUAGUUCAUUACAGUGUACAUAAUAUGCCGGGUCGUAUUCGUGAGAGAAUUAUCCGUGUACCAUAAUAGAUUCCAUAGAACACAGGUAAAUAUACGCAAACGGCUUACUAUCGAACAUCGAAAUCCACGCGAUCAUCAUAGUGACGUAUGUAUGUCAUAAAUUGGCGCGACAGGAACCAACGUUAUUCUCCGCGAAUAUGAUCGACUCAUGACCGUAUACUUUGUUGUUAAUGGGUAUUGAAUUGUUUUGUGAUUAAAAUUAGAAUUUAAGGAUUAUUAACUUUUGCCUAUCGAGCCGUGAAACGAUCGUGUACAGUAUUCUAAGACGACAUGCUACUGUUGAUGUACAGAAAAUUACGUCAAAAAAAAAAGUAAAAGAAAAGACUUGCUAAACCUGUUAUCAAAGUUUUAUAAAACUUACUUUGUCAGUCAAGUUGUUGUUAUUAUUAUUAUUAUUAUUAUAUAUCGAUGGCUUUAUUUGUCAUAGCGGUGGCAUCAGGGUGUACCUAUAUUCCUAGAUUUACUUAGAAGAGAGAAAAAGGAAACACUUCCAAAAGUUAGGCUUAUAUCCAGCCGUAGCAAAAAAAACGUAGGAAGAAAUAUUAAUUAAGUUUCGAUGUUAUAACCAUAGGGUGUAUACAUAUCUAUGAAAUUUUCGCACUCUGCAUAUAUUUUUAUACGAUAGGCAAAUUUUUUUCUUGUUACACAAAUAUUCAUUGUGAUCAGUCAAAUAUUUGUUAUAAAACUAGCUGUCCAGUGUUUUAGAGCUUUGUCUUUUUCUUUUCUCGUCGUUCUUCGACACCGCUCCGCAGCUUCGUGUCAAUAUAUUUUGAAAGAAUAUUAUUCACAAAUUCGAGGUUGUAAAAUUUGAACGAUGUUAUUUCCCUUUUACUUUACUAUAACAGUUUGCCAACUGCAACAUCACACCUUUCGAACAUCCUAAUCUGCAACGGAUAUUUUUUACAAACCUAUAAAUAUUAUUUUGAUAUCGAUUUUACAUUUGCUUAUGAUUAUGAUUUUUCUCUUCUUUCAUUGCGUCUUCCUCUGUAAUCAUACUCUGGUUAAUUCUAUCGAUUAAACAUUUUACCAUUUGGCCUCUCCACGUGACGAUCAGUUAAAUAAUUAGUACGUAACCGUAUAUAUCUAUAGAUAUUUGAGAAAAGUUUUUUCGAGGAAAUAUAACAGAAAAAAAAUUAUACACAUUCCGUAUUAGAUAUAUAUGUGCACAUACAUACCUAUAUAUAUAUAUAUAUAUUAUAUACUGGUGCUUCAACUUGUUAUGAGGCAAAUCGAUGUUGUUAUAUUAUAUACACUAUAAUUUAUAGCACGUCAAAUUUUACAUUUUGGAAAUCACCUGUGCAUGCACAGAAUAUAUCCGUGUAUCAGCAUUCAUACAUACAUACAUAAAUCCAUGCAAACAGGAAAGAAAUUGUUUAUUUAAAAUGUAUAUAAACAAUGUUCUAUAGUGCACGAUGUUUACGCCAUAUAAGAUUGAUUAAAACAAAAAAUAAACGUGUAUACGUUAAUUUUACAUUAUGAAUUAAAACAACGAUGGAUCUUUGCCGCCCAUAAACCAUAUUUCCAUAUCGUGCAAAUAUACAUCCGGCAUCAUGCGAAUCGAGGCAGUGUAAUUGCUCCAGUUUCGAUCGUGUAUAAUUAUUAUUAAACUGAUAUAUCGAAAGAAAUAAUUGAAAUAUGUCGCCAAAG